AUUCCUCCGAGAUUAAUAAAAGUUUCUCCCUUUGGCAUGACACCGCCCAAAAAGGAGCGAUGCCGAACCGAUACCGAGUUCGUCGGGUUGACGCCCCGAAAAAGCGAUUUCCAUCACUGGCGCCACCCGUGGCACCAAUACAAAAAAAUUACUCCCUCCGUCCAUAUAUGAUCUUCCCAUUACGCGUUACGAGGCUUGACCAACUUUAUUUUCAAUUCAAUUUAAUUGAUUAUAGGAGUAAAAUUUUAAAAUAAAAUUUAUAUAGUAAUAAGCUACAUGAAAAGUUCUACAAAACUAGAGGUGACAAGACUAUAUUAUUUUAUGAAAAUACUAGUAAAAUUGAGUAAACAAAGUGAGUAAAGUUUAACCCUGUGAAUAGUGACUGGAAGAUCUAUGGUAGACAGAGGGGUAUAUUUUUUGGGUCUCUUAAAUAUUGAGUAAAAUAAAAAAAGUGGAAGAGAGAAAGUAAAAAAAAGAGAGAAAGAAGAGAAGUACAAAAAAAAAGGAAGAGAGGAUGAAAAGAAAGGGAUAACGCAAGGAAAAAAAUGGGAGAGAGAGAGUGCACUUGGCAGUCGAAGAAAAAAAAAAGAAGAAACAAAGGAAACUAAAGACCAAACGUGAGCCUUAUAUUAUAUUUUUUCUAUUUUAACACUCUUAUCUUCUUUAUUGAUUCAUCACCCGCUUUAUCCAUAGACUCCUUGUGUUGCAUUCUCUUAACUGGUGUUAAAGUCGACAUCUUAUCACCAAGCGUUGUCAUUUGAUUGUCCUCAGAUUCCACGAAUUCAUUUAUUAAAUUCUGCAAGACAAUUAAUAAAGUGUUUGUCAAUUAACGUCACGUAUCUGAAGCUUGUCAUUUACUAUACCUAAAACAAAAGUAAAGAUAGUAUGUGAAGUUUAACCUUUACGCAUGAUGAAGUUUCACGAAUAGAGAUGCAAUGCGUUGAUGUUUUUUCAGUAGUUGAAAAUCCGAGAGUCACAUCAGUCUAUAUGCAACACCAUAAUCCAUCCAGAAUGGAAGACAAGGAGAGUAUCACUGAAUUUCAUGGCAGAGUGAGAGAUUUGGCAAAUGAAGCAGAACGUCUUGGAAGACCUUUUGAAGAAGACAAUCUGGUUCUAAAGUCUCCACCAGAUGCUCCAGUUCAAGAAGACGAAGAGUUCAUCCAAAUCCUAGAUGAAGAUCCUCUUGUUGCAGUCUCAAAAGUCCCAUUCCAGAAGGAAUCUGUAGCAAAGAAGAGCAAGAAGAAAGUGAUUCCCAAUACAAUUCCUCAACGAAGAUCUAAGCGGAAGUUGAAGCUGGAGGAAGACCUAAUUCCAGAAGCACCACCCCAGAAGAAGCAAUCAUCAUCCUCCUCUCCUAUGGACCCUGCAGCAAAGGAUCAAAAGUUCAUAUGCUAUCUUACACACACCAACACUGUCUCUAAGAUUAUGGCCAGACUUCUCUACAAGAUUAAGCACAACAUUCCUUUUGACCUAGGACAACUAAUCUUUGAUCAAAUAAUGCUCUUUGCAGCUGAGAAAUACAAGGUCAACUCCAUUGGGCUUCCCUAUCCAACACUUCUCUACAGCCUACUGGUCUCGCAGGGGUUUAGCAAAGAAGAAAAGGAGGAGGAGGACUUAGAAGAGCCACAACUCCAAGUGGACAGCAGGCACAUGGAGGGAAAACAUCACAAUGACAUGGAGGUUGCUGGUCCAACAACUGCAAACAUCGAAAAGGCACCCUCCUUGGUGAAAUUCCUGAAGCAGAAACUGAUGCAGGUCAAAGAGGAGUUAGCCAGGACCUCCUAGUUGAAAGAGAAGCUAGAGAUUGAAAAAGGUCACUUGGUGGUCUUGUUGCACUAGGCUAGGGAGGCAAUUCCAGAUUUGGAGCAUACGGACACAAAGGAGGAGGCCACUAGAAGCAUGCAUUCUGAUGGAGAGGAGGAUCCCUCUAAGGGGGGAGAGUGAGGAAGGGGAUUCUA